ACCACUAUUUUGUGUUAGACUUCGCUAAAGAAAUUUUGUCUAAUAAUUUUCUAAAUUUGUACAAAUAAUAUAUUCUUUUUAUACAUUAUUCUGUUAAUAGUUAUUUAACGUGCAAUUCAGUUGUUACACCUGUUGUUCAAAUUGAGUUUUAAAUUGAAUAGGUUCUAAUUUUGUUAAUUCUUAAAACAUAACCUUACUAUCUGGCAGUAAUCCAGCUAAAAUGACCAUUUGCCAAAGCGGUGACCAUAAAUUGGAUGUGGCAGUUAAUAGUUGGUUAAAACACGACAAGAACCCAAAAACAAUCCAAGAAGUAGAGGAUGACAUAGCCCAUGCACGAUGGGACAAGCUAAAGAAAACAAUGUUGCACAGACAGAAAUUCGGUACGGCCGGCCUGCGCGGGCGCAUGGGGGCCGGCUACAUGUGUAUGAACGAUGUAGUCAUCCUGCAAACUGCACAAGGUCUGUGUUCAUACAUACAAAAGCAGUGCAACCAGAGUCAACUACACAACGGCGUUGUUGUUGGAUUCGACGGACGCUACAACAGCAAAAGGUUCGCAGAAUUGACAGCAAAAGUCUUCGUGUCAGCUUCUAUACCAGUCCACCUGUUCAGCGCUGUGUGCCCGACUCCCCUCGUGUCGUUCGCUACAAUACUAUAUGGCGCAGCGACAGGGGUCAUGGUGACAGCUUCCCAUAACCCCAAAGAUGACAAUGGGUACAAGGUGUACUGGGGGAACGGUUCGCAGAUCAUCACGCCCCAUGAUGAUAAUAUACUAGAUGAAAUACAACAGUGUUUAGAUAUCCCAGAAGGACAUUGGGACAUACAGAACAUAAGGACACACCCACUUGUCACCGAUUGUUUAGAAGAAGUGACUACAAAAUAUAUGGAGUACAUACGGAAUAGCCUCAACGAGAAUAUUCUAGAAGAGAACAAAACAGCAGCGAUAGACGUCGUGUACAGUGCAAUGCAUGGUGUCGGCUAUGAAUACGUUGUUAAAGCAUUUGACACUGUUAAUUUAAAGCCACCAAUAAGCGUCAAGCAACAACAAGACCCAAAUCCUGAUUUCCCAACGGUAAAGUUCCCAAACCCUGAAGAACUGGAGUGCCUGAAGCUGAGCCAGCAGCUCGCUGAAGAAAGGCGCGCAAAAUUAGUGUUAGUCAACGAUCCAGAUGCAGACAGGCUCGCCGUCGCCGAGUAUGACGUUGUCAAGCAAUCAUGGAAGAUCUUCACUGGUAACGAGAUGGGAGCGUUGCUAGGCUGGUGGCUACUGCAGCAGCAUGAAGCGCGAGGUGAAGCCGGCGAGGUGUACCUGAUAGCCAGCGUCGUUAGCUCCAAGAUGCUGAGGGCCCUCGUGCGGGGCAAGGGAGAAUUCGUUGAAACCCUCACAGGAUUUAAAUGGAUGGGAAACACGACGUUGCUAUUGGCACAGCAAGGCAAGUUGCCGUUGUUUGCAUUCGAAGAAGCAAUCGGAUAUAUGUGCAACCAUCGAGUGCCGGAUAAGGAUGGUGUAUCGGCCGCUGUACAGGUGGCGUCACUAGCGUCUCAUCUCUAUUCUAAAGGAUCUUCACUCGCAGAGCAACUGGUCAACUUGUAUGCAGAGUAUGGGUACCAUGUCACACACAAUUCAUACUAUAUUUGCCACGAGCCGGCAAUAAUUGAGAAGAUAUUUAGAAGAAUCAGGAACUACACCGUACCUGGAGAGUAUCCGAAGAAAGUUGGUACCAGUGAAAUAGUACAAAUAAUUGACCACAAGACUGGGUUUAGAAUGCCUGAAGACGUCAAUGGGGAUGGACAUUUAAAGGUGCUAGGCACCGGUCUGGACCAGGACUACACUAGCGGCGAGAUGGUGAUGUUUUCGUGCGAUGGCGGACUUACAGUUACCGUCCGCACCAGCGGCACCGAACCCAAGCUCAAGUAUUAUGCCGAGCUCGUGUGUAACGCACCUACACGCACCGAACAGGAAGAAAUGGAUAUUAAGAUGAGGGGAAUGGUACAGGAAUUCGUAGAAGAGCUACUCCUACCCAAAGAGAAUGGGCUAAUAGGGUAACUGCAAUAUGUCACAAAAUAUAAUAUAAUACAAAUUAAUAUAUUACCAAAUAUUCUUAUGUAUCAAUAAGUUUUAAUGAAACAUUGAUUUAAUUCAAAU